AUGGAUAGAGUGACGAACCGAGCCCCGGUCGACAGGCUCAGUGUAACCCUCUCCGCCGUGAACCAAACCGAGCUUCCCAUUUCAUCAGUCCGUCCCCAUCUUGCAUCGCUAUCGCUCGUCACUGGUGUCCAUCGCGUCUGCGGCGUGCCGGGACAGCCUCUGGAGACUGGAGUCUGCAGCAGCUCGCACAGGGAUCGUCAGGCGCAGCGUCCAUCCUCGGCUCCAGCAAUGUCUUUCCGUUCCCUGAUAUCCACUGGCCCCAAAGCCACUUGGCUCAUGUUUUUUUCUCAGGAGUCGCCCGGUGCUGCCGUCGACAUCAGACCAGCGGCGUCUCGUAUCGUCUCCGAACCCAUCGUCAGUCUGAUUCAUUGUCCCACACUUUGCACAUACCACGUACAGAAGUGCAGAGAGACGUACGUGGGCUACGCUACGCCGCGAUACGAGUCGUCUGGUGUCUGCCAACUUCAGAUGCCCCGCGAUGGUGCCGCACUCGGUGACUUUCGCGCCAUCCACACAUGCAAGACUCUUGGUGAUCAGUCAGACCAUGGGGGUUUCUCGUCCAAUUGCCUCCAUCCUCGCAUCGUUGGCUGCUGGGAGGGGAAGGGGGAGCUGACUGUCGAUUACGAACCCACUGCCGGUCCGGUCAGCUUUGCAGGCAUGGUGUCGUGUCUCAAGGGAGCUGAUAAGACUAUUUUUGCUUUUGGCUUGCCUCUCCCGUCAAUAGAGCCUCAUUAUCACUCCCUCUGCGUCUCUUCGUCGCGCCUGAAUCUGGUGUGGAACACGUCAAACGGCGAGGUGCAACUGUACAACGUGUGGGCUCACGCAUCCGUCUGA